CCUCUCUGUUUUCCGAUCGCUACUGGGGCAGUCGAUAGCUUCAUCGAGCUCCGGCAGCAUGUCGGAUACUUGUUGGACGACAGUGUUUCUAUUACUCCUACUGGGUAGUGCUUUCAGCUAUGGCGAGGAUGCCCCCACUACAUUCCAGCGCAUCUACCAAACGGAGCAGACCCUGAGGCAGUCAAAGUCCCAUGAGAUGCGCAGCUACAUGAACCAAAACAUCGAUCCUUGCGUGGAUUUCUAUCACUAUGCCUGCGGCAACUGGAAACACAAGUGGACGCCGCAAGAGAAACUGGAGCAGCAAACAGAACGGGAACUGCUCUUGCUUCUGGAGGACUCGUUAAAGCGAGAGGAUAGCCCUAUAGCCCGGCAGGCCAAGGAGUUCUACAAGUCGUGCAUUGCGGCCCAGGCCCAGCAGAGCCAACAGCAACAGCAGUUCCUCAGCGACUUCAUCCAGCAGAACGGUGGAUUCCCCGCCAUUCCGGGCUCCCACUGGGAAGUCCAUCACCACGACUACGAUUGGCUGAGGAUCAUUGGCGGACUGCGGCAACGAUACGGCAUGGACAUCCUGAUUGGACUCCGUGUGGGCUACAACUACGCCAAAGUGCAAGAGAACAGCUUGUACCUGAACGAGCCCAGCACCGUGAUUCCGCGAGAUCUGUGCACCUGGAACCGAUCAGACAUCCGGGACGCUGUCUAUGAACCCCUGGAGCAUCGGAUAGCCGCCGAGCUAAAGACCUGGCUGGCUUUGGGCAACGAGCAAUCCGCUCGCCUAGCUGCCGACCUUCUGAGUUUCGAGCACGAGCUGUGCGGCGGCAUGCGGAACGACACCUCCGACCUCUGGGAUGCAGAAUGGGAGCUCUACCAGGCCAACUACACCCGCAACACGCUUUCCGCUUUCUCCCAACUGUAUGAACUGAACCUGGACUCGUAUGUGACGGCCAGUUACGGCCAGAGCAUCGUAAAGCCCGUAUACAUGGCCGCUCCGGAGUAUUUUCGCCAACUAAAGCGCACCGUGGCCGCCCACAACAUGAGCCUGGUGGCCAACUACAUCAUGUAUAGAGCGGUGGCGGCUUUGAACUUCCCUCUCGAGGAUCGGCCACAAUUGCGGAAGACGGAGUGCCUCAAACGAACCAAGGAAUUGCUGCCCUCGGCACUGGGAGAGCUCUACGGUCGUCAGUAUGCCGCCGAGGAUACCAGAGUGGGUCUGGAACAGCUGUACAAGGGAUUGCAGGAGGCACUGCGACAGAGCCUGCAUGCGGAUUGGUUGGUGGACGGCAGUCGCCGAGUUGGUGAGCACAAGCUCUUGGGUUUGAAACUGACACUGCCCAGCUACGAGCGGCCCCCGAUCCUAAAACUACAGCUGGAGCGGGCCAAUUACUGGAACAAUCUCCGCCAACUCUUGGGGGCUGUGCAAUCCCAGCGAUCGGGCCUGCUCUUCGAGGAGAUCACCAUCACUCCUUCCGAUCCAGUGGAGGCUUUCGAGGCCCGAGUGCGUCUUCGGACUGUCCAGAAACGAAUCGACAUGGGUUUGGCCCUGCUGCAGCCUCCAGGCUACGACAGACACUACGGCCACGCCCACGCUUAUGCCACCUUGGGCGUUAAGCUAGCCCAGCAGCUGGUCAUGGCUUUCGAUGAUCCGCACUGGUCGAAGGGGUUGCUGGAGCAGGACCACUGGGAUGGCUACACGGCCUGGAUGUACCACAAUAAGAGUGAUUGCUUCACCCACCAAGUGGACAACUAUCUGAGAGCCAAUGCGAGCGCCACCAGGCAGCUGAUCACUGACAGCGCAGCCUUAAGCGUGACCUUCCGAGCCUAUCUAUCGUGGCUCCGGUUCAAGGAGCCCAACAACGACUUCAACACGCUGAACAAGGAGACUCUGCCGGGACUCAAUCUCUCAAACACAGGCCUCUUUUUCGUGGCCUUUGCUCAGGAGCUUUGCACUCCCGAGCCGGAUGGCCCGGAGGAUGAGCAGACCAUGCCGGAGGGCUUCCUGUAUAGCGCCAAACAAAAUCACACCUGGGAGCGAUUUCGGGUGAAUGGGCCCCUGAGGAAUCUGGAGGAGUUUGCCAAAGAGUUUAGGUGUCCCAUUGGAUCACCAAUGAAUCCUGCGAACAAGUGCAGUACAUAUUAGAAUAAGUCUGAUGGAUGUUUGAAUAAAAGCAAGUCUCUUUCUACUAA